AUGGCGCCACCAGUGAGUUCUUGUGCAGGUUGUCAGAACAAUAUUGAUAACGGACAAGGCUUAAAAUGUUGUAAAUGCAGCAAAUUUUAUGACAUUACCUGUGCGAAUGUGUCCGAGAAGAACUACAGUUCUAUGAGCGGGGUUCAGAAAUGCAAGUGGAUGUGCCAGGAAUGCAAGAGUAAACUACCAAAGGUGGGAAACAUCAAUACACCAGUACGCAACCAAGAUUUUGCUAACGUCUCGAAAGGUGAGAGUCACGACUCUGGAUUGGAAAAUUUCACCAUUCGAAAGAAUAAAAACGAUUGCAAUAUAAAAUCAAACAGUAGUCCUCAACGUACCAGCUCAUCACAUAGCAUACGAGUAGAUGACUCACUUGUAGCGGCAGUCACUGAACAAGUUCACAAAGUGAUUCUUGAGGAGUUACCGGGAUUAAUCACUAAUAUCAUGAAGGCCGAAUUAUCCUCUAUAAAGGAAGAUUUGCAGGAUUUUCGAAAGUCUAUUGGCUUCAUCAGUGCGGAUUACGAUGAAAUGAAGACCAUAGUUGAUAAGCUAGUCAAUGACAACUCAAUGUUGUCGAAAGAAAAUGAGAUGCUGAAACUCACUAUGUCUGAGAUGUCGGACCGCCUGAACAACCUGGAACAACAUUUACGUGAGGAGAACCUGGAGUUGCAGGGUGUACCGGAACAUCAGAACGAAAAUCUAACUAAUCUCAUGGAACAAUGUUCUCGUGUGGUUGGUCACAGUUUCAAGGAAGACGAUGUAGUAAAAUGUACAAGGGUAGCUAAGUUGAACAAAGACAGCAAACUUCCACGUGCUAUUAUUGUUAAAUUCAGAGGCGUUAGAAAGCGAGAUGAAUUUUACUCUGCGGUCUACAGAUAUAAUAAAACAAAUCCAGAUAACAAACUUAAUACUUCACUACUAGGAAUUAGUGGUGAUAAGAAACCAGUGUAUGUAUCAGAACACCUAUCUCCUACUAAUAAGAUUCUACACUCAGCUGCUAGGCAGAAAGCCAAGGAGUUUGGUUAUAAGUUUGUUUGGGUUAAAAACGGACGUAUAUAUGCUAGAAAACUGGUGGACUCUCGUUAUAUAAUUAUAAAAAAUAAGGAAAGUCUCAAUCUUAUAUGUUAG